CUAUGGACAGCCGUGAGGUGAAAAUAUCUUUGGAGGAUUCCCCGAGCUCCGAGGGGAGCUUCGCCAGUACCACAAGUGGACCAUGUUGUGGCUUAGCCAGCGAUUUGGAAAUGGAGCAGGAGGAUAAACCACAGGAACACAUGUCCUCGAGAAGCUCCAGUGAUUGCAGACAUCUAAAUACAAAGAAGAAAUGCUCCAGCCAACUUUCGGGAGGAAAUAGUUAUGCUACAAACAAAAAUGUGGCUGAAGGUCUUAUGGAUAUAGCUUUACUCUCAGCCAAUGCAAAUCAGUUGCGAUUUUUGAUAACCUACAACGACAAGGCCUCCACUUAUAUAUACAGCAUGAUAAUGGUGAUACUUUCCCUGGUCCUUCAACUUCUAGUUGGCAUAAUGCUGAUCUUUAAGAGACGCCUUAAGAGAAUCAAGAGCCAAAGUUACGAGAGAACAAAUGAUCUUCUUGUAAUGGGAGUUUUCAUGAUCACAGUGAUCAAUAUAAUGCUGGCAGCCUUUACCACAACCGAUGGCAAUGCCCAUUAAAGGAACAAUUAAUAAUUAUAUUCAAAGU